AUGGCGAAUUUCACGAACUACCAGGAGGGCAAGGCUGCGAUGUUGAUGGUGGAGACCCAGCAGAGGGACGUGGGGACGAAACCUGCGGCCGCCAACGCGAACGGAGACGGCUUGGUCGGGGAACCCCCUUCCCCGUUAAUUAAUAUCAGCGGCGGCGGAGGGGGAGGCUCGCGCUUCCACCAGCAUUUGCCGCCCUCCAACCACCUCCUCCACCACCACCACCACCUCAACCUCAGCCACCACCAGUCGCCAAAGGAUCAACAGCAGCACCAUCACUACCAGCUGGCUCCACAGCAGCACCUUUCCGGGGAAAGCGUCGCCGAGUCUCCGGGCAGGAAAGCCUCCUCCUCCUCUCUCAGCCAGGUACACGCCGCCGAGGACCCCGCCGCUUCCGCCGCCGCUUGCGGCAGCGGAAGCGGCGGCGGCCAUGUAUACGCGGCGGUGAGCGUCGCGAGCGCCCCGGACGUCGUCGACGACAUUCGAAAGUGCGGCUAUCUGAGGAAGCAGAAACACGGACACAAGCGGUUUUUCGUGCUCCGGGCCGCCAGCCACCUCGGCCCGAGCCGCUUGGAGUACUACGACAGCGAGAAGAAAUUCAGGAACAGCCUGCGCUCGGCCGCCGCCGCGAGCGGCGGAGCGGUGGCCCCGUCUCCGCCGAAGAGGGUCAUUUACCUCUACCAGUGCUUCACGGUGAACAAGAGGGCGGAUUCGAAAAACAAACACCUCAUUGCCCUGUACACUAAGGACGAGUACUUCGCUAUCGUGGCUGAAAACGAGCAGGAGCAGGAGGACUGGUACGUGGCUGUCAGUGAGCUGAUGAGCGAGGGCAAGAGGGGGCACCUGGACUCCGACGAUCUGGACGACGGGUACGGUACGGUCACCCCCGGUACUGUGUUCAAGGAGGUGUGGCAGGUUAAUGUGAAACCUAAAGGGCUAGGUCAGACUAAAAACCUCACGGGUGUUUACCGGCUCUGCCUCUCAACCAAAACCGUUCACCUGGUCAAGUUGAACUCCGAGACGCCCUGCGUCAACCUCCAGCUGAUGAACAUCCGCCGCUGCGGCCACUCGGAGAGCUUCUUCUUCAUCGAGGUGGGCCGCUCCUCUUCCAUCGGCCCCGGGGAGAUAUGGAUGCAGGUGGACGAUUCGGUCGUGGCCCAGAACAUGCACGAGACCAUCCUGGAGACCAUGAAGGCCCUGAAGGCGUUCGCCGAGUUUCGGCCGAGGAGCAAGAGCCAGUCCUCGGGCUCCAACCCCAUGUCCUUCAUCACCACGCGCCGCCACCUGGGCAACCUGCCGCCCAGCCAGACGGGGCUGCAGCGCCGGUCCCGGACCGAGUCGGUGGUGGGCACGCCGCCCUCCAGCAAAAGCUCCGGGGCCAGCGGCUACCGCUUCCGCACGUCCAGCGAGGGCGAGGGCACCAUGAACCGGCCGUUCCGCUCGGCCACGGGGAGCCUGGUGCACCUCAACUCGGCGCGGGCCCUCCACGGCCGGCCGGACGGCGGGGGCGGCGGCGCAGGCGGCGUGGCCACGGGCAACGCGGGCACCAGCACGGGCGGCGGGCGCUACGUCCGGGCCGUCCCGGGGGCCGCGUCCAGCUUCCACGCCCGCUCCGCCUCGCUGCCCGUCUCCCACUUCCCCUCCACCACCAGCCCCGUGAGCGUGUCCUCCAGCAGCGGCCACGGCUCCGUCUCGGACACGCUCACGCGCCCAUCCAGCGCCUCCAUCUGCGGCUCGCCGUCCGACGGCGGCUUCAACUCCUCGGACGAGUACGGCUCCAGCCCCGGCGACUUCAGGUACUUCCGGGUGCGGAGCAACACGCCGGACUCCCUGGGCAACACGCCGCCCAUCCGGGAGGAGAACUGCCUGAACGACUACAUGGCCAUGGGCUGGAACCGGGAGAUGUUCGGCAGCAGCGCGGGCUCGGGCAGCGCCAGCGGCGGCGACACGCCGCGGGAGGAGGGCACGCCGGCGGCCGAGGACGAGCGCUUCUCCUCCUCGUCCUCGCUGCGCCGGAGGACGCACUCCUUCACCCGGCCCGGCGGCGGCGGCGCCACGGGAGUGGCGGUGUACCAGAAGAUGACUCAGACCAACUUCUCGCUGGAGGAGGGCGCCGACGCGGCGCUGCCCUUCGGCGGCGGGCUGCUCCGCGGCGGGCCGUCCUCCUCCACCUCCUCCCUGCGCUCCGACUACAGCUCCUGCUCCGAGCACAGCCAGCAGAGCCGGCCCCCCACCACGCUGUCCCGGACGGAGGCCGGCGCCGAGCGCCCCCCCCUCUCCUCCUCGGCCAAGGAAGACUGCGGCUACAUGCCCAUGAUGUGCGGCGUGGCCGCGUCGCCCCGGGACACCCCCCCCGACUACAUGCCUAUGCAAGCCAGCCCUCACCCCCACCACCCCGCCUCCCACUCGCCUCAGCUCCACAGCCCGGCUCUGGCCACCCGCUCGCCCCACCCGCCCCAGCCCUCCACGGACUCUCACGGCUACAUGAUGAUGCUCCCCGGCGGGGGGGGCUCCCCCUCCCCGGUGCAGGCCUCCCCCAGCGCGGCCGGAGUCGCCCGGGGCGACAGCAUAGCGGAGCGGCCGGAGAACGGGGAGUACAUGGACAUGUCCUACAGCGGCGGCGGGGGGGUGGGCAAGCUCCUAAACGAAGGGGGCGGCAGUUAUUACACGCCCGCCACUCCUGAGGGAUCCCUCAAGUCCUACAGCCCUUAUUUCUCCCUCCCUCGCUCCUACAAGACCCCCUCCCGAGAGAGAGAUGAGAAGGAGGAUGGGGAGUACGUACCUAUGAGCUCUCCUGCCAAGCCAGUGUACUCGUCAGUUGCGACCGCCUCUGUGUCCAUCCCGGAAAAGCGGGGCGGGGGGGGAAGUAGCACCUCCGCCCCCUCCCACCCCCCGCCGCCUUACGGAGCCCACCAUACGACGGCAGCAAUGGCUGACCGGCGCGUCGUGAGGCCCACCCGCCUGCCUUUGGGCAGGAGGAGUUUCCACGGCCCGCUGCGGGUCAGUGAGCCCCCCCCGGUGGCCGCGGGCCCCUCUGCUCUGGCCCCGGCCCCCGGCAGAUCCUCCGAGCGGCCCUCCAGUCCGGGGGAGUACAUCAACAUCGAGUUUGGCGAGCACUUCCCGCACCAGCAGCAGCCCCCCGCCUACCCGCUCUCCGCCCAGGACGAGGCCCCCGCCCCGGGCCCCGGCGCCCGCCGCUGCUCCCCCCCCCAGGACUACAUGAGCGUGGAGGUGGGCUCCGAGCAGCCGGACAAGGGGAAGAGCCAGUCGCCCAGGCCCAGCCUCGUGGCGCCCUGGAACCCGCCCAGCUACAUCCGCCCCCUGGUCGCCAACUCCGGGGGGCUGGCCUCCCCCGGGGUACAGGCGGGGGGCCACUGGCGUUCGGUCGGUGACGACUACACGGACAUGACCUUUAACCUGGGCCGAGGCGAGAGGGCCCAGACCAGCCCGACGGCCAUGCUGCAGCAUCUCUGCGUGAUGGAGGGGCACUACGGCCACGCCCCCUCCUCCUCCUCCCCCCCCCCGCCUAUCUCCCCCCCGCCGAGCCCCGGCCGGGCGCCCGCGCACCAGCCGGAGCCCAAGGUGGUGCGAGCCGACCUCCAAGGCCGACGGAGACACAGCUCAGAGACGUUCUCCUCCACCUCCUCCACUACAAACCCCCCCGGGGGAGCUCUCGGCCCCUCGUCCUCCUCCACCCACCCCUCACUGGCGAACCCCGCCACCUCCAACGGCUCUUAUCUCGCAGAGGGACAGACGUCCAGGUGGGCCAGCUCGGCCUCUUUCGACAGCGCGUGGAUGUCCGUGGAGGGGCCCUCGCCGUCCCAUCACUCCCAGCAGCGGCCCGCAGACGCCGGCGCGGCGCCUGCCUCCCCGGCGGCCCCGGGCAUCCGGAUGUGCAGAAACAUGUCCGUGGGCUACCAGAACGGCCUCAACUACAUCGCCCUGGAGCUGAGGGAGGACGGGAGCGCCGCGGGCGCCGCGGCGUCGGGGGCAGGCGGCGUGGCGGCGGGGAUGGCGCCCCUGCCGGAGAACGGAGCCUACGCCAGUAUAGACUUCACCAAAUCAGACGGAGUCACCACGACAACCAAGGGUGAGUAA